GCCUUCACUCUUUCCGUAUUGCGCUCACAGGCUGAGGCUGCUGCAGAAAUCAUUGCGCGUCUUCAAUUUAUCGUGUCGCGUUGUGAAUCAUGGCGACGCGCGACUUCUACUUCAACACGGUUCUGUCGCUCGCGCGUUCUCUGGCAGCGCACCGACCAGCGCCCGGAGAGAAGGUGCAGAAGUUAUUAUGCAUGUGUCCAUGCGACAGCCGCGGCGUCUUCACUCUGGAUGUCCGCCGCAGGGAUGCUGUGAUUGCAUUGGCUGUAUUUCUGGUCGAGUCUGAUUUACAGCACAAAGACACUGUGGUAAGUUACCUGUUGAGUCUGCUGAAGGGAUUACCCAGAGUGCAAUGGGUGGAGGAGAAUGCUGGGAGGAAGUGUAAAGAGACUCUCCCAAUGGCGGAAAACUUCAGCUUCUGUCUGGUGACGCUCCUGUCUGACGUCGCUCAGAGAGACCCCGAGUCUCGCUCACAGAUUCUGGAAGCUGUGAUGGAAGUGAUGCAGUCUCUGCUGGAGAUCUGCCAGACGCCCGAGAACCAUGAUAAAGUGUACCUGUGCAGGUAUGCUGUCCCGUGUCUUCUGGGCGUGGCCCGAGCGUUCGGUCGCUAUGGUAACGGCGACGAGCCCCUCCUCUCUCAGCUGUUCCCUCGAGGAGCACCGCCGCUGGUUCAGCGCGUGUCUGUGGAGACCGAGGGCAUUCGGAGGAGAUCCUUCAAUGACUUCCGCUCCAUUCUGCCCAGUUCACUGCUCACGGUCUGUCAGGGAGACACGCUGAGACGCAAGAGCGGCAUCGCCAACCCUGACGCACAGGUGAGUCCGGACAGAGGAGGACCGUCGCCCUGCUCUCCCACAGCUCCAGGACCACAGUAUUUUGAAGGUUCGUAUCUGGCGGAUGGCGGUGUGGUGAAUCCAGAUUAUUACUUCACGACGGUCAGCUCCAGUUUCUCCAUCUCUCCUCUCUGCACUGGAGACAGCGGACAAGAAAUAAACGUCCCUUUAGAGCUGCUGAGACGCCUCUUACAGAUGGUGAAGGAUUUUGUCUCCGAUUCGUUCCUCAAGACUCUGGACGCUGUCGUGUCUGAGGUUACAGAGGCAAAUCCAGGCAUGGAUCUCUUCUACAAAGCCUUCAGCGACCCGCUGUACGUCAGCAUGUUCAAGAUGCUGCGAGACACGCUCUAUUACAUGAAAGAUGUGCAGACGAGCUUCGUUAAGGAGGUUAAUGAGUUCGUUCUGGAGCAGUUCAGCAGCAGCCAAUCAGAGAUCCAGAGGGUUCUCCGUGAGGAACGGUUGCCAGGGGAACCCAGUCCUCUCAAGCUCCGUUGUCAUGCCAACGCAGCCUGUGUGGACCUCAUGGUGUGGGCCGUCAAAGAUGAGCAAGGAGCUGAGAAUCUAUGCACUAAACUGUCAGAGAAACUUCAGUCCAAAACCUCCAGUAAAGUGAUCAUCGCUCACAUGCCACUGCUCAUCUGCUGCUUA